AAGUAUGUGAAUGUAAAUAUGUAUGAACACAAAAAAUGUCAAAAAAUGACUUUGCCGUAUGAUAUGUUGUCAUUUCCCCCCAUGCCUUUACUACAGACAUCAAUAAGGGUCCAUCUGGCCUCUCUGACGAAACCGCGUGCUUGCAGAUUCAAGAUACAAGAAGUGAAGUGGCUGUGUUUUUAGUGUACUACUGAAAUAUUCAGACAACACCUGAGCACACGCAUAUAUCGAUAUAACCUAUUGGAAACGUGUAAAUGGUUUAAUGAGUGUAAUUACUGGUCAUAGCAACUUAUAUCUGUUAGUCUUCCACUUGUUAGAGUCAUGUGCAUGACUAUCUAGCCCAUGUGUGUUUAUGGUAUACUCUCGGCAACGUUAUUUCCAAAUAAAGUUAAACGUUAGUGUAUGAUCGACCCAAGAAUAAUAUGGAAUCCUCGAUGGUGAUCCCCGUUGUGGAUGUGCAGAGCAAUAAUUUCAAAGAGAUGUGGCCAGCAAUGUUGUUGGCCAUUAAAUCAUCAUCUUUCAUAUCUCUGGACACGGAACUGAGCGGUUUGGGAAACAGAAAGAAUCUUCUUGCGGAGUCCAUAGAAGACCGUUAUAAAGCAGUUUGUCAUGCAGCUCGUACACGCUCCAUUCUGUCCCUCGGUAUAGCGUGUUUCAAGAGACUUGAAGACAAAGCCGAACAUACUUACUUUGUGCAAGUAUACAACUUGACAUUACUCUGCUCAGAGGAGUAUGUAAUUGAACCCCAGUCAGUCCAGUUCCUUGUGCAACAUGGUUUUGAUUUCAACAAACAGUACGCACAAGGAUACCCUUACCAUAAGGGCAACGAUAAGGGUGGUGAUGUUCAUGCGUUAAAUGUUCGCAAUCUUUUUGUGGAGCUCCUGAGAGCUCGCAAGCCUUUGGUCGUGCACAAUGGGUUGGUCGACAUGGUUUUCCUAUACCAGUGCUUCUAUGCUCAUUUGCCUGAGCGGCUGGGUACUUUUACUGCAGACCUCUCUGAGAUGUUCCCAGCGGGGAUCUACGACACCAAGUAUGCCACGGAGUACGAGCUGCGCCUCGUUGCCUCCUAUCUGGAGUACGCCUUUAAGAAAUGCAAACUGGAUAAUGGCAAAUCCAUUCAGGCAGGUGGCAAGGGACCUCAUUUGGUCCUGGAGUUCUGUAACUACACAGGGAACACGCAGAGUUAUGUGGACUACAGGCCCUGCACUGAUGGCAACGGUGUGGGAGGCGCAGCAGAUGUCUGCAUACAGUUCUCAGCGUACGGGUGGUGUCCUAAUGGGUCUCAGUGUCCCAUGUCGCAUGACACAGACCUGAUCAUCCAGCAGGACGAGAAGACCAAGGAUAGCAAGCGUCAGAAGAGGAAGCGGAAGAGGAAGCAGAAGGGCUCCAAGGAACAGUGUGAGGAGGGUGCGGACGCCCCCCCCACCAAGCAGGCUCACCUAGAGAGCGUCGAUGUAGAGGAAGAAGGAAAGAACAAGGGAGCUGAGAAGAACUGUGCCACUGCUGAGAUUAUUGAAGACCUUUCAGAUGCAGGACGCAUGGACCAUGAGACGCUGGGAACAGCCGAAAAGGUGGGAGGAACGGUUAAAUCUGAGGCUCAAGAUGGGGACCCCUCACCACCCUCUGCCCAAGAUGGGGACCCCUCACCACCCUCUGCCCAAGAUGGGAACCCCUCAUCAACCUCUGCCCAAGAUGGGAAAAAAGAUGCAGGAGACAAGAGGGUUGAUGGAGGGACACACAGAGCGGGAUUUGAUGCCUUCAUGACGGGAUACAUCUUUUCCUAUGCCAAUUCUCUGGCAACCAAGCCUGAGGAGUCAAGCCCAGAAACAUGGCUGCCUGGCUGCCUGAACAAGCUGUACCUUAGUGGUAAAUCGGUGCCCUUACAGGUGGUGAAGAGCACGUUUUCUAAGUCGUCCAAAGCACACAUGCAUAAAAUGGACGUAGUCUGGGGAAAGCGUAAGAGUAAUGAUGCAACUCCAAAGCUGGAAAAGAUAUGAUACGGCUUUCCCACUGCAGUCUUGUUUAAAAUGGUUUUGUUAUUAAUGACUUAUUUAGUCUACUGGUGUACAGGUGACAAAACAUGUCCUGUUCUUACUUACGUUUUAUUAAAAUUUGUAAAAGGUU